AUGUCUAUUUCUGGGACUUUGAGCAACUAUUACGUGGACUCGAUCAUAAGUCAGGAAAGCGAUGAACCCACGACCCCUGCUCAUUUCCCCAGCAUCCAAUACACGGGUUCCAGCUCUGCCGCUGCGGCGGGUGGAAGACAGGCAGGCUCCGCAUCGGAGCACCCGCUCCCCGAGUCCUAUCCGUCGUGCAGCUUCCAACCAAAGCCUCCGGUGUUUUCAUCACCUUGGAGUCCCUUCAGUCCGCACCACCACGGCACAAGCGGUCUUCCGACGGUUUAUCACCCAUAUAUAACUACACAACACGUCCCUUCUGCGGACACGCGCUACCUCCGCUCAUGGCUGGAAUGCGCGCCGCCCAUCUCCGAUUGUUUCCCGGAGCAGGGUCAGAGCGGCCAGGUCAAAGUAGAGCCUCAGCUCGGUCCUCUAGGCGUGGAAAGCCCACCCCAAAUCGCUGGACAGCACCCGCUGGAGAGCACCACGUACAUCCUGGAGUCCAGAUCCACAGCAGCCCAGGCUUCGGCUUUCGGAGAAAAUAACGACUCUUGCGAAGGGAGCGAGGAUAAGGAGGGCCUGGAUCAAAAUGACCCCUCUGCUAACUGGUUGCAUGCACGCUCCUCCAGAAAGAAGAGGUGCCCGUAUACCAAAUAUCAGACGCUGGAGCUGGAGAAGGAAUUCCUGUUCAACAUGUACUUGACACGUGACCGGCGCCAUGAGGUGGCCAGGGCUCUCAACCUGACAGAGAGACAGGUUAAGAUCUGGUUCCAAAACCGAAGGAUGAAAAUGAAGAAACAGAGCAAGGAUCAGCCUAAGGAUUAA